AUGGAUGCUGGAGCAGAAAAUCUUGAUUUUAUUAAACUUGUUAAUGUAAAGGGAAAUGUUGAUAAUAUCACUCCUCAUAAAAUAGCAGUUGUCGCUUUUAUUAGAGAAUAUGGGUUGCUGAAAAUUGAAGCCAGAGAAAUGUCUGAGCGAACAAUAGCUCCUAAAUAUAGAAAGGAUUUUUGUAUUUUGGCUUUAAAACUAAUACAGUGUCCUGAUAUGGAGUUCAAAGAGUUAGAAGCUCUUCUUACAGAUGGAAGGUACAAUCUUUUGAGUGUGCACUUACAGAAUUUUUGUGUUAGACUACAAAACAUUUACAUUAAUGGAAUAAAUGCACUGAUGGAUUGUGUUACAUCCACAUUAAAGAUGUUGAUGAUAGAACAAUCAGAAGUUAAGCCAUCUGUUGUUAAUAGAUGCAGUGUCAUAGGCUUUUACCUCAGGAGGAUUGUAUUGCAUUUGGAUAAACUGACUUUUAUUCAGCUUGGUACAUUGUAUAAAUCAUUCUGUCAAUAUUAUCAAAAAGGCAGACCAGGUCUUAUGAUGAGAUCCUUGAGUAAAGAGAAGCUGCAUAAUAUUGAUUCACAGGCAUCAACAUCCAUAAAUGACGAAUCAAGACCUCAAGAAAUUAUUUCAAAAUUAAUUGCAGAUAAGGAUAACAACUUCGAAGAGUGUCAGUGGUCACGAAAACAAGCGGAGCUGUUUACGGCACAACAGGCUAACUUAUUGCAAAUUAAUCCAAAAAUGGCGCUGCCCCCAAAGCAGUUGCAAAAGAUGACAAUGCAAAUCAUUCACGACAUACCUGAGUAUCCAGAUGUGCAUUUUUUAAGUUUUUUGAAUUGCUUGCGGAUGAAAGAGUUUUGCGGCGCACAAGAGUCGUUGUACAACUGCUUUGAUCGGCCUGUCUUUAGUAUUGGCAAUGGUAGCGAUAAAAACAAGAAUUUCCGAUUUGCUGCGCUUAACAGAGCUGCAAUGCACGUUCAGUUUGGUCAUAAACCUCUAGCAAUGGAAGGGGUUCGCGAAGCCCUAGCGAAAGCCCAAGAGGCAGGUGACAGUGCGUGUAUGUCACAUGCGGCAGCUUGGGGAGCUCUAGCGGGUGGGAGAGCUCGUCGAGCUGCGUUAUUAUCUCGUAUGCCUCGCGCCCCUAGGGCUGCUGCAGCAGCCGCUCAGUUCAUGGCCUUGCAUGCAGCACUCAACUCUGUCAAGCCGUGCGAAGUGUUUCAGAUAAUAAGCAAAGGAGAUUCCUUAAAUUACAUGCAUUCACUGACAGACCUCACCAUGGCAGCAUUGGCGAAUACAGCCGCCCUUUGGGGUCUUUAUGGGAAAUCUGAAAUGGCCUCUAUCAAUUGCCAACUCUUGUUGAAUUUAAAUACAAAAUGCAAAAUCGGCAUGGGUGCCGCAUGGCAAUGGGGCGAUACAAGUGCGACGGCGGGUGCGGGGGCAGUGGGCGUCGUAGCGUGGCGGGGACACGUUGCCAUGGCAACCGCUCUCGCUUCUCACUUUACUACGCCGCCCGCGCGAGCCCUUAACUUAAGAUAUCACGCUACAUUCGCGCUUAGAGCCGGAAAAUGGGAAGAAGCUGAACAAAGUAUACGCGAAUUAGCAUCAUUCGAUAGAUGGGAAAGUCAAUUACUUAAAGCAGAGAUGUACUUUUUGAAAGGUGAUCCCACGAAUUCCCUUGAAACGUUACAAGAUAUUUUGGAAAAUUGUAAAACUGAAGAUGACAGCCAACAUUAUAUUCCCCUUCGUUUAAAAGCAAUGAUUCUAGAAUCAGAAGUGGAGCAUUCAUUUAGUAGUGUACAGUCGAUAAACAUAAUAUUGUUAAACGAAGCGUUGACGAUAGCUAGAUUAUCGCACUUGCAUUACCUCGCUGCGUGUAUAGAGAUGCAUAUAGCGAACGUGCAGUUGCAUAUGGGAUGUUCGAAAAAGGCAUUACUAUUGGCGAGAAAGGUUCUACCAACGAUUAUGGAACAUGGCAGCGCUUAUGAUGUGGCAAGAGGAAUGCUAUUAUAUACAAAAUGUCGGAUAGCAACCGUAUCUCCAGCAGGGGAUGCAAGACAACAAGUAUUGCAAUCGUGUUGUGAAAGUUUGGACAUAGUUAAGGAAAAUUUCUCUAAGGUUGGAGCACAAAAUCGCGUGUUGCAAACGUGGUACUUACAGGCUAGACUUUUUCAUGACAUUGGAAAUAUUGCAGCACGAAAUCAAUGCGCAUGGAUGUUUAGACAGUUAGAAUCUCAACUACCUUUAGAUACUUUGCAAAUGUCGCAUAUUGUAUUUUAA